GAUACCUACGAUGAACAGCAGCCACCAGUCCAGCGCAGCCAUACACAAAAAAGGACUCCAUUGUAAAUCACAUUAUAAUUUUCACUCUUUAUAAAGGCCAAAACUGGCCCUCGGAACAUCAUUUACUUUGCUAUUGCUCUCAAUUUCACAUUAUUUCCCACACCAAAAAUGGCUCAGCAGAAAGUGGUAUUGAAAGUUCUAACCAUGACCGACGAAAAGACCAAGCAAAAAUCCAUAGAAGCUGCUGCAGAUAUCUUCGGGGUUGAUUCAAUCGCUGCGGAUCUAAAGGAUCAGAAGCUGACGGUGAUAGGACAAAUGGAUGCAGUGGCGGUGGUGAAGAAACUGAAGAAAGUGGCAAAAGUGGAUAUAAUAUCAAUAGGACCUGCUAAAGAAGAGAAGAAGGAAGAAAAAAAGGAAGAAAAGAAAGAGGAAAAGAAAGAGGAGAAGAAAGAAGAGAAGAAGGAAGAGAAGAAAGAGGAAAAGAAAGAAGAAAAGAAGGAAGAAAAGAAAUAAAUUUAAAAAAUAAAAUGAAAAAAACCCCAAACCAUCUUCAAGGUUUCUCAACAAAUCUCUGCUUGUAGUGUUACAGUGUAUGCUCUGUUUUUUCUUUUUUCUUUUUUGGUGGAAAUAAGGUUUUUUUUAGUGAUUGUCUGAAAAAUAAUGAAAGGGGCAAUUAGCAAUGUGAAAAGGGUUUUUGCUUUAGAUUAUAA